AUGACUGGGAAUGAUGAGAAGGAAAAAGAGGCCUUGAGAAAGUGUCUAGCCAAGGAAUUUGAGAUGAAGGAGCUUGCAACCACACCGAUUGAUGUAAAUCAAAAACUGGACGAAGCAAGUGAAAGUCCAGCAGCAGACAGGGAGAUGUAUCAGAGGCUGGUUGGAAAGCUCAAUUAUUUAACUCAUACUAGACCAGACAUUGCGUUUGCCGUGAGUGUUGUGAGUCAGUUUAUGCAAGCUCCCAAGGAGGCUCACUUGCAUGCGGUAAACAGAAUACUACACUACCUGAAGGGAAAUAUUGGUAGAGGUGUUCUAUUAAGAAGGAAUGGUGGAAUGUCACUUGAUGUCUAUACCGAUGCAGAUUACGCAGGCUCUCCUAUUGAUAGAAGAUCUACCGCAGGCUAUUGCACAUUUCUUGGAGGUAAUCUUGUGACGUGGAUAAGUAAGAAAUAUAAUGUGGUAGCAAGAUCAAGCGCAGAGGCCAAGUUCAGGGCAAUGGCACUGGGGAUAUGGAGUUACUGUGGAUAA